GUGGCUACGGAACCGGUACCGGUUCCCAUUUUCAAGGUCUUAUAGAACCGGCAUGAUCACGUGGUGCCUAAACCACGCCCGUUUACACACGUGCUUAAUCAUGGCAGCUGUCGUUUCGAAGUCUGUUUCUUCUGCCGAACAUUCUGAAGCUAAAGCUCGGCCCCAAGUACCUUCUUUCGUGCUUGGGGAACGAUUUGAGUCUUAUGAUGAGCUGGAAGCUAAGUUGAAGCAGUAUGAAAAAGCUACUUAUACUCAAUGGUGGAAAAGGGAUUGCAGGACAGUAGAUGCCGCUAAAAGGCGUGUAAACCGACAACUCUCUGACAAGAUACGAUAUUAUGAAGUUGUAUUUAAGUGUAUCAAUGGUGGGAGAAAGUUCAAAUCUAAAGGAGAAGGGAUACGAUCAACAAUGACCUUUCGUCAGAACUGCCCUGCAGAGUUGUCUUUGAUAGCAUCAGAGGAUGGAAAUGGAUUGGUUGUGAAGAAAUUCUUGGAUGAACAUAACCAUCCUGUUAACAAGCAAUUAUUUAGGCAGUUGCCUAAGCAACUUGGUAGUCCUCCCAGCCUCAUUGAAGAACAUAAUGUUGAGAUAAAGCCCGAGCUAAUACAUGAAGGAGUCCUGGAUGAAAAUGUCGACGUUCAUCUUGUUAGACCAUUCUUUACUACUGAUGCAUGGCUGUGUGUAACAAACGUGGUACAAGAAAAACAGAAGACACAUGUUUACUAUUGUAAUUGCUGUCAUCAAGAUCUGGAGAAUUUUCCAUCUAUUGGCUGUGAUCAUUGCUUGUUAUGGACUCACCUGAAAUGUUGUGGUCUAAAAGAUAGGCCCAAAACAAGAUAUUGGUUUUGUAGGAAGUGCCACACUAAUCCUACUCUGUGAUGUGUGUUGUUGAAAAUAUUUGGAUUAAAAAAGUACUUUGAUAAACUAUAACAAUAAAAAGAGUGAAUUCAAAGAAACAAUGAUGAAUAAUUGUGAGAUAAACAAAA